UUCUCACUGGAGAAAUACACAUAACAAUGGGUAUUAGAGUCUUGUUUCAACGACGUGAUCCGAGAGAUGGCGCCUAAGAAAUCUACGCAAGCAUCAUCCGCUUCUGAACAACCCAUUACCAACGAGGAAGCCUUCCAAGGGGUUCUUCAAUUCCAACAAGCCGCGAGCGGGCAGCUCCCGAAGGUCAGUCGAUGUCUGCAAAUGUUCGAGGAGGGGAUCUUGAAGGUGUAGAAUUCCGCGACGCAACUCCAGGCAUCUCCAGCGCAACAAAUCCAGGGGGUUAUCACGCAAUACCAGGCAGCCAUGGCACAACAGCUCCAGUAGGCCAUGGCGCAACAACAUGCACCAAUAGCACAACAUCAGACGACCAUGAUGGAAACGAUGCGCCCAAUGAUCGCCAGCUCCACCGAGGAGAAGGCGACCCCGACUUCGUCUCCAAGGCAGCGUUCAACCGUGGACAUUUCGACGGAGGAGAAGCUCAAGGGCGUGGAGGCGGACAAGGAAGUAACAACAGGGAACCUUGUCGUGAAGACAAUCGAAGUUGGGGGAGCGGGACACGAUACAAGCAGCGGUGAUCUCGACGGAGGCGAGGCGAACAAUAUGGGUGGUGGGAAACGGGACGGGACUGGGUACCCGUCCCGUUUGAAAUGGGUACCCAUUCCUAUUUUAAGAGAAAAAUUCAUCUCAUGUACCAAACCCGUACGGGUUAACGGGUAUCCACUACCCAUACGGGACGGAUAAUGGGUACCCGCGGAUACCCAUAGAUGAAGAUAAUUGCAGCUAGAGAGGUUGUUACCUCUGUUUACUAUGUCUCUCUCAAAUGCACGGUUCCACCAUUCUAUCAUGUCUUCUUUUUCUCGCAAGCUUUACUUUUGGGCUUUCUCUAGUACGAGCCAGGACUUUGAGUAUAAGAUGAAAUUUAGUGAACUUUGCUCUCAUCCUGCUUUGUCAAACAAAGGAUAAUCCACAUCUCGUUAGAAUAUAUCUAACCCAAAAUUAUCAUCCAAGUUAUUAAUCUUUAUUUAACUACAUUGGAGACUGAAUCAGAGAAACAGAAACUAAAGAUUUGCAAGGACGGACAGAACCAGAUACUAAAAUAUCCAAAAUUAUCCUAUCAACCUCAUUAUAGGCACACUUAAACUACUAGAAUGAACCAGCUCAUCAAAAGUAAAUGAUAAAAUCAUCAUGAUUAGCCAGUAUCAGAAACCUUACGAGUAAAAAAAUUAACAUGUAAAUGAUUUUGCUUAACUUCUGGCUAUUAUGGGGUUUGGCUAUGGGCGGGUAGUAGGGGUACCCAUAAUACCUAAACGGGUAUUAACGGGUAACCCGCGGGUACCCAUUAUAGAACUUCUUGAUCCCAAGUAUCAUCCCAUUAAAAAAAUUACUGGUAUUUGGGUACCCGUAACCCGCAAAAAAACGACGGGUAUGGGUAUACCCAAAUAUCCAUUUCUCGUUGCCCACCCUUACAAACAACGAGGGAUCGAUCGCCGUGAUCGAUUUGGAAUGGGGAGCUCUCAUAGGGUGACGGCGGAGUGGCAUAGCGAUGGAAGGAGGCGGACCAGAGGAGACGGCGGCUCCGCGGGUGGUGUUUCCUCCGGGUCAUUUCAUUCAUUAGUCACGAGGCGCUCGCGAAAAUCAAGCAGACCAGUUCCUUGACAACUACUUGUUGACUUUUGAGAAAUUGGGUAACCGGUGCUUAGGGUGAAUUGAGGAGGUGCUAAUAGGCUCAUUCAUUAGUGGGCUCAAAUAUGAAAUUUCUGACGUGAUUCACGAUUGGCCAUCAUUGUGCCAACAAGAACAUGCUACUAAUGAUUGGAGCAUGCGCCGAGGAGGAAAAGCAUCAAUUCAUUCAUGAAGAUGACCAACCUUAAGGGAAAUGUCAUUGUGAAGGGGGGAGGAAUGUUACGAGAAUCAAGCCAUGGUAACUAUUGGGACUCGAUAUGGGCUUGCGUAUCUUAUUUUAUUAUUGUUUUCAUUAUUCAAGUAGGAUUUGUGUUAUUGUUUAGGAGUUAAUUAUUAUUUCCUUGUAGGUUGGAUUUCAUGUUUUGGAUAGGAAAAGGGAGAGGGAGGCCGCCGGCCAUAUAGGAGAAGGAUUGGGAUUUUGAGGUUUUCCUAGCUUAUAAAUAUGUUACUUAUUC